GUGAAGAGUUUUCAGUUGCGCUUGCGCGUGUUUGGUAGAUGGAAAGGAGUUACUGUCGCACUUGGUUUCUUUCAUGAGUUUGAUUGCACCAAGUAUCUUCACACGUGGUGUGAUAUGUGAUUUUCGUGAUUAGGAAACUAUUAUACAAAUAUAUGGUUUCGUUAAUUUGAAAGUACUGAUUAAUACUAGAAGAGAAUUUAGAACAAUAUAAUGACGGAACCACAUAGCAAGCUUGUCGAGGCUGUGGCGCAGCUCGACAAAGGACAACGAAUUAAGAAAGCAGAAAGAAGUGAGCCUACUAUAGAGGUAUCAGAGUAUCAUUUGGUAAAAAGUGGAAUAUCGAAUGAUAAUGUGGUACGUCCAGAGGACCUGGCAAAAUCAUUAGGGCAGAAAGGACAUCAACAUGAAAUUACUAAGAAACUUCGAUACGUCAGACAGAAAUGCAAGGUUCUUCCUAAGCCAUUGGAGAAACCAGCUGCUGAAAGAAUAAAACGAGUAGUCGGAUUUGAUGAGACUAAGAAGGAAUUGAGCAAAUGGAAUGCUACUAUUGCGAGAAACAGGACGGUAGAGCACUUGUCCUUCCCAUUAAAUCAUGCCGCAAAGAUGAAGAAUUCUCCUACCACGGAAUAUCUGAAAAGAUUUCGGAUUAAGUCGGAUCUUAUGAAGAGACUGGAAGAGGUGGAUCCAUCUGUGCAAUUUCCUGCAAUGGAGCAGGAAAAAGAUGACAAAGACGAAAAUGUAUACCAAGAUAUCAAAACGCAAAUGAUAGACAAGAGAAAAGAAGCGGCUAGACUCAGAGCAUUGCAGUCGUACAAAGAGGCGAAGGCACGCCGUCAGCGCAAGAUCAAAAGUAAAAAGUUCCAUCGUAUCCAAAGAAAGGAAAAAGUUAAGCAGCAGUUGAAGGACUUUGAGAAGCUGCAAAAAGUUGAUCCGCAGGAGGCACUGACCAAGUUAGACCAAUUGGAUAGGAGCCGCGCGGAGGAGCGAAUGUCACUAAGACACAAGAACACUGGGAAAUGGGCGAAAAAUAAGCAGAUUAGAGCAAAAUACGACAACGAUACUCGACAAGUACUUGCUGAGCAGCUGGCAAUUGGCAGAGAAUUAACGCAGAAGAUACGAAUGGCCGACAGUGAUGAAGAAAACGAGGAAGACCAGGUCCCCUUCGUAAUUUCGAAAGAAAAUAAAGACAACUCGUCGCAGGGCGUAAAGACCAAGUCCGAAAUUAACGAAUUCAUACAGAGUUAUCGGACAUACUGGGAUAAGAAGAAUCAGGAAGAAAAAGAGAAGAAAGUCUCAAAGACUGCUAGUGAAUCUAAUUCUGAUAAAAACUGCUCAUUAUCGAAGAACAAAUCAGAAAAACAGAACUCUGAUGAAGCAAGUAAAAGUAAAGAGGAUAAUUCUGCAAAUGAGGAAACUAAAGAGUCUGAAAUUAAAGAAGAGAGCAAAAAUUUCGGUAAUUCUGCAAGUCAGAAAACAAAAGAAUCUGUUAAAAUUAAAAGAGAAAAUAAAGGGAAUGCACGAUGUACUAUAGUUUCAGAGGAGAUACUAUUAGAUAAAGUGAAGUUAUGCAAGAACGUAACAAACAAUAUUUCGACAAAUACGAUAAAUAAAGUGAUAAAUUCGGCAAAUAAAGAAGCAAAUACGACGAAUAAAGAGGCAAAUAUAACAAAUAAAGAGAUAAGUACGGUAAAUAAAAAGGCAAAUACGGCAAAUAAAGAGGCAAAUACGAGAAAGAAAGAGAUAAAUACCGCAAAUAAAGAAGCAAAUAUAGCAAAUACAAAGGCAAAUAGGACAAGUAAAGAGGCAAAGGAUAAAAAGCGCAAAAACUUCUGUAACGAUGCGUGUAUGUCUGUAUGGGAUGUUGAAGAAGUACAAUCUAAUGAGGAAACAAAAGACAAACGGUGUAAUAAAAAAUCCAAGAUAUCCAAACUGCAAAGUAUAGAUGAAAUGUUUGACUUAUUGGAAGAAAAUAUUCAGCGUAAAGCAGAUCUAAAACUCCAGAAAGCCAAGAAGAAACGUGAGAUCAACAGCAAGAAGAAAAUAAAGAAGCAAGAGGAGAAGAAGAAAAAGGAGGAAGAGAGUGAAGAUAACGAAGACAUUCCGGAUCUUGAAUUUACAAAUUUCAACCCUAAACCUAUUUUGGACCAAUCAUUGGACGAAACAAUUGCUGCAGAAUCUCUGCAGGAAGACAAUCGGAUAAAUUUGAUGAAAAUAGCUAACACAGAGCAGGAACCACUCGACAAGUCGAAUGAUCAAAAAACGGUAGACCUCGACAAGUAUGAUAAUAUUAAACCGAAAGAUUUGGAGACACAACUGCCAGACCUUUCGGAUGAUGAAGGUACGGUAGACAACACUGCACCAGAAGACGGAAUAGACGAAUAUCAAUCGAAUAGAAUUCAAUUGACUGAAAUGGUUUACGAUACGUUCGCGGAGGAUGGCCAAGAGGACUUUACGAAAGAGAAGGAAGAAGAGAGUAAGAAUAAGCAGCCGGAAAACUCGGAUGGAACUAUGCCUGGGUGGGGAAGCUGGAGCGGGCCAAACAUCACGAAGAAUAAGAGGAAUCGUCGGAAGAAGCAAACUAUCCUUCUUAACGUCCCUAACGAGGCGCCACGUAAGGACGAGAACAAAGGCAAGCUGAUCAUUUUCGAGGAUACGAACAAAAAGUUGAAGGAGCAUCUGGUCAGCGAGUUGCCGUAUCCGUUCACAACAGUUAACGACUACGAGGCGACUCUCAGGGCACCUGUCAGCAGAACGUUUGUCCCGGAAAACGCUCAUCGGCGCCUGAUUCAGCCGGCAGUGGAAACGAAGAUCGGUCAGGUGAUUGAGCCAAUGGAUGAAGACGUGUUGGUGAAGAAGCAACCGAUGGUAAAGAAACCGCAGAAGCGAGGCAUCGAUAAGAAGAGUAACAGUAAAAGAUCUAUUGUAAAAAACAAUAAGAAAAGGCGUGUAAAUUAGUAAAAUAAAAAAAAAUGUAUAAAUUAA